AUCAUCGAGAAAGUUUACAACUGGUCGACAUAUUGAUCCACGUGUAUCCGGCGUGAUUUACACUUCCGUCACUGACUGUCUCUAUAAACAAAACUCUCCGUGUUAUUUCUUCGGUUGCCAUGAACCCACCGAAGAGGCUCCGCACCGGGGGAGGUGGAGGAGCAGAGACACCGGGAGGAGAGCGUGAGGAGGCGGGGAGAGAAGUGGAUGUGAGUAUUGUCAUGCCAGUGUACAAUGCAUCCUGCUGGCUGGAUGAAUGUCUUCAGGCCGUAUCAGAGCAAGACUUCACUGGAUCCAUGGAGCUGUCUGUCUAUGAUGACGCAAGCACUGAUGACUCCAGGAAAGUGGUGGAGGGUUGGAGGAAAAGCCUGGAGACGAGAGGCAUCUCAGUGGUUAUCGCUGGUCACAACUCUGCUCAGCCAAAAGGAGUGGGAUAUGCAAAGAAUAAGGCAAUAUCUCAGAGCUGUGGGAAAAACUUGUGCUUUCAGGAUGCGGAUGACGUCAUGUUGCCUCACAGAGUUCGUCUGCAGUACGAAGCUUCUCUCCUCCAUCCAAACGCUCUGCUUGGCUGUAGAGUUCAGAGGCUUCCAGAGGGAUCUACAGAGCGUUACACUCGCUGGAUCAACACUAUCACUCAGGAGCAGCUCAUGACACAGAUGUUCACAUCUCAUGGCCCCACCGUUGUCAUGCCGACAUGGUUCUGCUCAAGGAACUGGUUCCUGAAGGUCGGACCAUUUGACGAGGGAGGCAAGGGAGUCCCAGAGGAUCUGCUCUUCUUCUACCAGAGUCUUCGUCAGGGAGGGGAUCUGUUCAGGGUCAACCAGUGCCUGCUGGUGUACCGUUACCACGAGAAAGCCGCCACACACUCAGUAACAGAGGAAACCAUUUGGAAGCUGCGAGUGGACUUCCUGCAGGAGAGAGUUCUCAGCCAAUGGAACAGCUUCACCAUAUGGAACGCUGGGAAACAGGGCCGAAAGCUGUACCGAUGCCUGAGUCCGGCUAAUCGGAAGAAAGUCAAAGCUUUCUGUGAUGUGGACGAGAACAAGAUCCAGAAAGGGUUUUACACAUACGAAGAAUCCAAGGAAAUACCGAAGCCAAAAAUCCCAAUUGUGCACUACCAAGCUGCCUCCGGCCCCUUCAUCGUCUGUGUUAAACUGGACAUGACGGGAGGUGUGUUGGAGGAGAACCUUAACUCUCUGCAGCUGAAGGAAGGAACAGAUUAUUACCACUUCAACUGACGAUGGAGAAGACAAGAGGAAAGCAGAGACUUGGAUUAAUUCCAACACACACACAAACAGAGAGACAGGGAGGUAAUAACACAGUGAACAGAGAUACUCCGUCUUUCUUACACCUGAAACACAGCACAGUUACGCAGAGAACCUUUAGGGAAGAGUUUGACAUUUUGAGGUAAUUGCUCACUCUUACUGAGUUAGAUGAUUGAAGAUUGAUGCCACUCUCAUAUCUGACUCAUUAAAUCUGAAGCUAUGGCCAAGACAAGCUCCGCUCAAAGACUGGAAAGCUAGACUGGCUCUCUCCACCUCUGAAGCUCACCACAUAAUAUAUUGUACCCUUUUGUAAUUAUUUACAAAUGCAUCAAUUUACAUUUUAGUAAAGUUAUACAAUAUGCCCAACUUGUGGGUCUCCACUCAUCAUCACCAAUAUCUGUAAAAACGUUUUCAUUUGAGGGGAAAAUUGAAAAGUCGCAAAAACAGAAAACAGUGGGAAAGAGACAAAUUGUGUCAUAUUUGAAUCAUGUGACCCACCGAAGCUGUAAAAAAUUAGCCAUUAGACCCGUGUGAACAGAUAACACAGACUGUAACACAUUAUACAUGAAUCAAAAGGAAACAUUUUUACUUCAUGUUUUCUAAAUCAUUUUUUUCUCAAUACAGCAGCCCCUAAGUAGUGGCUGUAAAUACACAUUUAGUUGCAUUUUCAUAAAAUUUCCUCAUGAUUUAUUUAAAAUAUCGGCCUCAUUCAGAUGGAGCUGAAUUAUGUCUUCUUUUGGUUCUUGUGUGAUCAACGCUUAUUCAAAAAAUGUUGAACUAUUGCUUUUAAAGCUUGAAAAUGUGUGUUACAGGUGAAAGAAGUAAGCAUAACUUGAAGUGGAGAUACUGAGUGAUGUUUCGAUAAUUGAUUUACUUAAGAGCAAAUGUAUGGAAGUCUAUAUUUUACUUAUCAGAGGACAGAUAUUUAUUGAGGAUUAACGGUGUU